AUGGCUCAGACGCUGAAUCGUCAGAUUGCGGUGGCAAAAGAGGCGGAAACAGUGGUAAGAGGAAGGCGUCUGGGAGUGAGAGCCCCGAGAGCAGCCAUAAGAGGCCGAAGACCGAGGAGAAACCCACGCAAGAGCAGAAACCUACCACGAAUCCUGCCCGCGAAGAAAGGCCCGACCCUGCACUCAACGCCAUUGACUUGAGCCGAUCUGAGUACAAGGACCAAGUAGGCAGUGAAGGCCCGUUCAACCGAUUGAAUAAGCAAUGGAAGCAGUGGAGUGUCGAUCCUACGGGUAAGGGGAAAGAGACGUAUGGGGAGAAGCCCAUUAUGCAGUACCAAACAUCAGUGACGGACCAAGGUGGAUUUUUCAACACCAAAUGGGUUGAGACAAAGGACCGAAACCUUCCGGAAGGCACAAACCGACGGAACAUGAUAAAAGAUGGCUGGAAAAAGGCCGGCGGCUCACUUGAUAAGCUCAAGGCCUUGGGCGACAGCAACAUCAUCAAUAAAGAAGUAAAGCAGUCGAUGUAUAAGGCAAUCGAUGCACAGGGCAAAAACUACGAAGGAGCUGUAUCAGCCACAUUUAGGCCUGGUAGAAAAGGAUGGGAUGAGAUUAAUAACAACCCCUUCCUCGGCGGUUACAAUAAGAUGCUCAAGGAGAGUAAGGAUGAGUUCGGAAAUGCAAAGAUUAAGUCUGUCACGGCGACCAUUGGCAAGGUGACCAGUGGGAUCGAUGGAGAUGCCCCUCAUCAUCUUUUGA